AUGACUUUAUCCCCAGGUUCAUUCAUUAUGGCUCAAGUUCAAGCCCCUAACGGGAGAAUCCCCGGUGGUCCGAUCAACGGUGCCACGCCGCCACCACCGCCAACCAUAGCAUUAGAAAGAGAACGAGUCAAGUGUCUCUUACUUAUCAACACCCAACUCAUGAAGAAGGCAUUGAAAGUAUACAAUAACCAAGGGAUCUUGAAUACCCUUGAGCCCCGACUGAGACAGCAAGUGAUCGAGCUGUAUCAAAACUGCACCAAACGACUCCAUUGCAAUCUUCUGGUGUUAACAUUUAUCUAUGAGAAAUAUCAUGAUGACAUUGCGACGGCAUCUUCAAGCUCUUCUACUACCAGUACGAAUAAUAAGGCAUCAUUCCCGGUGAUCUUAUCUCCGCCUCCAGAUAUGCCUGAAUUGAAUCAGCUUUAUCAAAAACUACAAGAGUUGUAUCCUGAGGCCGUUCAGUACUUGAAGAUGAGGUUACUGCAAUGGAAAAGAGCUCAACAAGAUAUGAAUCAACCACAAGCGAACCAAAUUCCCCUUCAACAGCAUUCGCCUCCUCCUUCGCUUACGGGAAGAGCUAAUCAACAGCAACAGCAUCAUCAACAACAAAUUCCCCCUACAAGUAGUAGUAAUAAUAAUAAUAUAAGUUCUCCUCAGAUAACCAGUCAGAUGCCUUCUACUGUUCAACGACAAAUGAGUGGUCAAUUCAGUCAACAGCAUACUCCAAUAAUGACCAACUCUCCCUUGUACAAGAAUACACCCAGUUAUAUCCCACCCAAGCAAUCUCAACAACAACUGCCCAUGGUACUGAACCCCAGCUUCAACCCAAGUAAUACCAAUAGCACUAACAAUAAUAAUAAUAAUAAUAAUAAUAAUGGCUCCCAAUCUUUCAAACAUAUCAACCAGCAGCAGCAGCCAAUGGCCACCAGAAGAUCGAUUUCUUCGGCCCAAAAUACCCCAAUAUCCACCAUGCUGCCACAACAAAUCCUCCAACAAGCCAGCUCCAUGACUCCAAACAACGACGGCUUUGGUGGUAACACCGACGACACAUUGGGAGGAUUAGCCAUGGGGGGGUUUCUGAACUUUAACCCUAACGAAGGUAUGGAUAUCUCCGGAGGAAUGACGUCCUCGUAUGGUGAUAGUUCUGUUAAUACCAUGCUGCUUAUGAACGACAUGAUGAUGACCAAUGGUGGUAUGAUGGAUUAA